UCAGUUCAUUAAAAUUAGUAAACGGUCCCUAGAAAUCAUAUCACAAUACAUGUACUGUAAAGACGUAUAAAAGGCUAACUCAUUUUGUUAAAUUUUUCUAACCCGAUUCAGUUAUAAUUAGUGAAUUCAAUAAAAAUGUCUACUAAUCAACAACAGCAAAAUUCCAAAAAGGAGACUCAAGAUAAAUCUAAAAUCGAUCUUGGAUUCGAAGAAGAUGAUGAAUUUGAAGAGUUUCCAGCUGAAGAGUGGAAUGAGAAAGAUGCUGAUUCAGAAUUUACCAUCUGGGAUGAUAAUUGGGAUGAUGAUGAAUUGAAAGAUGACUUUUCAUUACAAUUGAAGGGAGAGUUGGAGAAACAAAAGCUAACAUAAACGAAGGAAAUUGGUUCUUGUUAAAACUCAAUUUUCUACAAUUAAGUGGUGUAAUUUUUACUAUGGUUUUGAGUAUUAUAGAUUGGUAGAAACAUUAAAAGCUUUACCAACGACAAAAAAUAUUAAUGUUUGAAUGUUGAAAGUCACAAAAAUUUGAAUUUAAUAAAAUGAUGAAAUUUAGCAUUUGA